UCCCGUAGCGCCGCCGGAAGCGGCGGGGAAGCGGCGGCGUGGUGGGAGCGGCGGGGCCGGAGCGGAGCGGGCCGGGCAGGGCCGGGCAGGGCAGGGCAAGAUGUCCAAGCCAAAAAUGUCAUCCCAGGAGGAGAUCCUGAGCGAUGGGCGGUUCAGCUGCGUCGCGAGGGAUCCCAGGUUUUGGGAGAUGCCCGAGAAAGAGCGGAAGGUCAAGAUUGACAAGCGAUUCCGAGCCAUGUUUCACGACAAGAAGUUUAAGCUGAGGUACACAGUGGACAAAAGGGGUCGCCCCGUUAACUUCUCCUCCACGGAGAACCUCAGGAAGUUUUAUGCCUUGUCAGAAUCUGACUCUGAUCUUUCAGAGAGUGAAGAGCAGGCUGAAGAGCAAAAGAAGCAAAAAAAAAAGAAAAAAGAAGCUAAAGGUAAAGGAGAAACGGAUUCUGCAAAGCCACCUGCUGGUGGUCUAAAGGACAACAAAAUGAACAAACAAGGGGUGGAGCAAAUGUGCCAAGUGGAGACAAAACUAAAUGACCUUAAAAAGGAAGUUAAAAAAGGCAAAUCUAAACUCAGCUUGAAAGAGGACUCAAAGAAAACUGCGGUGGAAGUUGACCCCUCUCAGGGAAACAAGGGCCUUUUAUCCAGAGGGGGAAACAAGCAAGGAGAUGCAUCAGCAGGAAGAUCGACUUCAAAUCAGAGCAAGCAAAAGCCUUCACAAGCAAGAGGUGUUGAAUCAGUGAAAGCUCCCAGGAGAGACCACUCCCUGGGAGGGAAACUAAAAGAACCAGACAGCUGUGAUCAAAGUGGAAAAAAGAAAAGCCAAUUAGAGGAAGAAACUUCUGCAAGUGAAGGUGUAGAGUCGGGAGAAGAGGAGGCGGAAGAAGAUGAUGGGGAAACGGGCGAGGAAGAGGAGCCAGGAGAAGAUGGAGAAACAGGUGAAGAAGACAGUGAUUCAGAAGAUGAUGAAGAAAGUGACAGUGGGCCUGAUCUAGCUAGAGGCAUAGGGAAUAUCGAAACCAGCUCAGAGGACGACGAGGAUUUAAAUGACCUGUUUCCAAAGGAGCCGGAGAUCGAGCAUUCCUGGCGCGAACUGGAUAAAGAUGCCCCUCGUGGAGAUGAGAUCACCAGUAGAUUGGCAGUUUGUAAUAUGGAUUGGGAUAGGCUGAAGGCGAAGGAUUUGCUGGCUCUAUUUACUUCUUUCACUCCCAAAGGAGGAACAGUAUUUUCUGUUAAGAUUUAUCCUUCAGAGUUUGGAAAAGAGAGAUUGAAAGAGGAAGAACAAAAAGGACCUGUGGAACUGUUUGAGCUUCCAGAGAAUACCACAGAGGAGGAUGGGAUUUAUAGGGAAAAACUGCGGGAAUAUCAGUUUAAGCGACUGAAAUACUUCUAUGCAGUUGUAGAAUGUGAUUCCCCUGAAACAGCCAAUAAAAUUUAUGAGGAAUGUGAUGGACUGGAAUUUGAAAGCAGCUGCUCUUUCAUAGACCUGAGAUUUAUUCCAGAUAACGUUACAUUUGAUGAUAAGCCGAAAGAUGAAGCCUCAGAAGUGAACGUAGCUGCUUAUAAGCCAAAGUACUUCACAUCUGCUGCUAUGGGGACAUCAAAGGUAGAUAUCACGUGGGACGAGACAGAUCACGAGCGAGUCACGUCACUCAGCAGAACUUUUAACAAGGAGGAACUUCUUGACAUGGAUUUUCAAGCCUAUUUGGCUUCAUCAAGUGAAGAAGAGGAAGAAGAGCAGCAAGAUGGUGAGGUAGUUAAUGAAAUGGAAGACGACAGACCGAGGAAAAGCCAAAAAGAUGAUGAAGAGCAAAUUGCCAAGUACAGAGAACUUUUGCAAAGUAUCCAAGAAAAAGAGAAAAAACAGGAAGAGAAGGAUAUAGGAAUGGAGAUUAAAUGGGUUCCAGGCCUCAAAGAAACUGCUGAAGAAAUGGUCAAAAACAGGUUGGAAGGAAAGGAUAACCUGACUCCGUGGCAAAAAUACCUGGAGAAGAAGAAAGAAAAAAGAAUGCUUAAAAAAAAGAGAAAGGCCACUGCUGAGAGAGAAGAGAGUGAAGAUGAACUUCCACCUGAUGUUGAUCUCAACGACCCCUAUUUUGCUGAGGAAUUAGAGAAAACAGGUCCAAAGAAGAAGCCAGAAUCAGUAGAAAGUACCUCAGAAGAUGAAGAUGAAGUUGAAAAACAGAAGGCUGAAAUGGCCCUGCUGAUGAUGGAUGAUGAGGAUGACACCAGAAAACACUUCAAUUAUAAAAAGAUUGUAGAACAACAGAACUUGAGCAAGAAGAAAAAGAAACUCCUUAUGAAAAGGAAAGAACUACUAGAAGAUGACUUCCAGGUGAAUGUUGCUGACACGAGAUUCCAAGCCAUGUUUACAUCUCCCCUGUUUAACUUGGAUCCUUCAGAUCCAAACUUCAAGAAGACAAAGGCGGUAGAAAAGAUCCUGGAAGAGAAAGCUCGCCGAAGGGAAGAGAAGGAGCAGGAUCUUAAGGAGGCAAACAAGGGCCAGGAGAACAAGAUGGCCAAGAAAGGAGAGGUCACUAAGAAAGCCAUAGAUCCUGCCCUGUCCAUGCUCAUAAAGUCUGUCAAAAAUAAAACUGAAGAGUUUCAGGCAAGGAAAAAGCAGAAAUUCAAAUAAUUGAACUUUGGUUUUACUUGGACUUCACUUUAGUCUCAGCUUUUCUAACUGAUGACAUCUGUGGCCUGCUCUGAUUCCUGUCCACCCAAAACUGCCCCAACAGUCACUUCAUUAUGAUGAUGAGUUUUAAAGUAAUUAAGAGUAAUAAUCACUCAGUUCCUCUGCCACAACAAUUACUGUUUUGUACUACUGUUGAAGAACUACACCGUGAGAACAUAGAGGUUUGGGGGCAGUUAGUUUUGUGUCAUGUCAUCUCUUAAAAAUAAUCCAAGUGCUGAAGAUGGCUACAAAAAGUAGUCCUGAAUAAUAAAAAAACACUUCUGCAGAGGUUUAUUGCUGAGACUGAGUGAUCUUAAAGUUUUUUAAUUCCACAGAAACCUGUAAAAAAUACCUGUCUUGAGAAAGAAGGAAGUAAUAUGACUACAAAUUGAAGAAAUCUUGUAUACAAGUUUUUUGUAUAUUUUUAAAAGAUCAUAUAUAUAUAUAUAUAUAUGCUUUUUUAAUUUCUCCCUUAAAGACUUCCUGGGUAAUAGAACUAAUUACUGGAAAUACUGCCAUUUAGGAGUGUUUGAUUAACAUACAUUGGAAAUAAAUGGUUUAAAUUGGCCCAGAGGAA